AUGCCGGUGUAUAUCCCCAACGGGGUGACCGUCACGUUCGACCGUGGCGGCGUACUUCAUCCCCCGGUCGAGGAGCGGCUUUCUAACGAGCGUCGACGCGUCCCCGGUGAUCGUCGCGAGGUCGGCCGCGAUUCAAGUGUUCGCGAGUGGCGUCACCACUGCCACACCGAGCAUCAUGGCCAGAUGGGCGACAGACGACACCGCAGUGAGCGCGAGGGCGAGAGUAAGAGUGAGAACCGUCCCUAUCGGCCGCAGCAAUCGCGUCAGAUAGAUGCCACCACGUCCCACAACGCUCAGGACGGCACAGACACUCCAUCGGACACCCAGUCGAUCGUGGCCCAAGCCGGAUCCUAUUUGGGCUCGCGUAGGCGUCACAUUCGCCGAGCCGAGCUGUCUCCUCUACGUUCGCCCCCGGCUCACCAAGAGGAAUCAAGCCGUGCGGCACGUGCCCACGACGACGCCGAGACGACUAACCGUGCCCGCCAGACUCUUCGCUGGGUCCGCGGUCUCGUCCCUGGUCUAGCCCCACCUGGCGCGACACCGCCACUCUCUCCCAUCUGCUCCUUCCCACCCGGCUACUUUGAACAACCAGUCGAGCCCUCCCGACCCCAAUUCCGACGCCAGAGCAGCUGGGGCAACUAUGUACGCAAGCUAUCGCCCGCCAACCUCGGGUGGCAGACUACGCCACCGCCAGCGUACCAGGCACCGCCUACUGUUUACGCCGAGCCAGUGCCGUCCCAAAAGACCCCAACAGCCUCAAAGGCCCCACAGCUUCCUGCUACUGUCACACCACUGGCUGCGGACUGGUCUCCACCUGUACCACCGUCUCCCAGGAUAUACACGCAAUACCCUCCACCUCCACAACCUCCUCCUCCAGCGCCGGAGCGGGCCCGCCGGCGCCAGCACUCGCCAGCGUGUUUCUUCGAUAGCGUGGCGGCGGCAUUCCGGCCGCGCAAGGUGCGGUUUGCGGACGGUGGCCAGCCUGGAUCAAGUGUGGUGGGUGGCUAG